UGUAUAGAACUCAGUGUCCGUGUGGCAUAAACUCGAAUAAAUUGUGACGUGCACAGUAGAAACGAAAAACUGCGGAAUUACUGUGAAAAAAAAUUUUUUGCACAAAAUAAAAAAUAGAUAAGAUUAAUUAUAAUAAAAAGUAAAAAUCUAUAAAACCAUUAAAUUAUUAAAAAUGUAUAAAAAGAGCAGCAGUGAGUGAUUUGUUUAAUUUAUUACAGAAAACAAAGCCAUGAAUUGCUUAAGAAAAAGAAAAUUUUUAUUGUGGAAAGAAAAAAAGUGAAGAAGAAAAAAUUUUUUUUAAGAAAAAAAUUUCAGCUGCGUUGGGAAAAAAAGAAAAACUUGCUGCUGCUCAAGUGUUUAAAAAAGCGAAAAAAAACGGGAACGGGGAAAAUAAAAGGAAUUAUCUUUGCACACAGAUUACUAAGCGAACGGAAAAUGCCAGCAAUAUUUAAAAGCAAUAUGUAUAAUAGAAGGAAAGGAACAUAAGGAGAAAAAAGGGAAGCAAGCUGGAGAGCAAAUAAGAGUCUUUAAGAAAAGCAUAAACUAAAGGAAUUUGAAGCUUAGAGUUAAAGAAACGAAAUUUCAAAGAAAUAACUAAAGGUUUCCUCAACAAACACCAUUCCCUGGCAGAGAUUUGUAAGAGAUUUUUGGAAUUUUCCCCUAAACACUAGCUUUAAACGACUGGAUUUGUUGUUCGGAAGCCCAUUUCAUUUUGGGUGUUUGGUUAGUUAAUUGUAUUGAAACAUUCCUCCACAUAGUAUGGCCUCGGUCGCCGCUUGGCUGCCAUUCGCACGGGCGGCGGCCAUUGGUUGGGUGCCCAUAGCCACUCAUCCCCUGCCACCGGCUCCCAUACCCAAAGAUAGACGCAAAACCGAUGAUGAGAAACUAUUAAUCAAUGUCUCCGGGCGACGUUUUGAAACCUGGCGCAAUACUCUCGAAAAAUAUCCCGAUACUUUGUUGGGCUCGAAUGAACGUGAGUUCUUUUACGAUGAGGACUGUAAAGAAUAUUUCUUUGAUCGAGAUCCGGAUAUAUUUCGUCAUAUAUUGAAUUAUUAUCGCACGGGUAAACUGCAUUAUCCGAAACAUGAAUGUCUCACCAGUUAUGAUGAGGAAUUGGCCUUUUUUGGCAUUAUGCCGGAUGUUAUAGGCGAUUGUUGUUAUGAGGAUUAUCGUGAUCGUAAGCGUGAAAAUGCCGAGAGACUUAUGGAUGAUAAAUUGUCUGAGAAUGGUGAUCAAAAUUUGCAGCAAUUAACAAAUAUACGCCAGAAAAUGUGGCGGGCCUUUGAGAAUCCGCACACCUCUACAGCAGCCUUGGUAUUCUACUAUGUGACGGGCUUCUUCAUUGCCGUCUCGGUGAUGGCCAAUGUGGUGGAGACGGUGCCUUGUGGACAUCGACCCGGACGUGCUGGUACACUGCCCUGUGGCGAACGCUACAAAAUUGUUUUCUUCUGCUUGGAUACCGCCUGCGUUAUGAUCUUUACCGCCGAAUAUCUGCUGCGUUUGUUUGCGGCACCCGAUCGCUGCAAAUUUGUGCGCAGUGUCAUGAGUAUCAUCGAUGUGGUGGCCAUUCUGCCCUACUAUAUAGGUCUGGGCAUAACAGACAACGACGAUGUGAGCGGAGCGUUUGUAACGUUGCGCGUCUUCCGCGUAUUUCGUAUCUUUAAGUUUUCACGUCACUCGCAGGGUCUCAGAAUUUUGGGUUACACUCUCAAAUCGUGUGCUUCCGAAUUGGGUUUUCUGGUAUUCUCACUGGCCAUGGCCAUCAUUAUAUUUGCUACCGUCAUGUUCUAUGCUGAGAAAAAUGUCAAUGGUACCAAUUUCACAUCAAUACCAGCGGCCUUUUGGUAUACAAUUGUCACUAUGACCACACUGGGUUAUGGUGAUAUGGUACCGGAGACUAUAGCUGGCAAAAUAGUUGGUGGUGUUUGUUCAUUGAGUGGUGUCCUUGUGAUCGCCUUACCCGUACCUGUUAUUGUAUCUAACUUUAGUAGAAUUUAUCAUCAAAAUCAACGAGCUGAUAAACGAAAAGCACAAAGAGUUCUCUUACAGAAAGCCCGCUUGGCACGCAUACGCAUUGCUAAAGCGUCUUCGGGUGCUGCCUUUGUUAAUAAAAAGAAGGCUGCCGAGGCGCGUUGGGCAGCCCAAGAGUCAGGAAUUGAAUUGGACGAGAAUAUACGCGAUGAGGACAUUUUCGAGUUACAGCAUCAUCAUUUGCUAAGAUGUUUAGAAAAAACAACGGAUCGUGAAUUUGUUGAGCUAGAAAUACCUUUUAAUGGUCAACCUAAGCGUCCUCGUUCACCCUCACCGAUGGCCAGUCCGGCUCAUUCCACCAACAGUGCCAUGGGUCUAGUGCAGUCAUGCUGUGGCCGUUGCUGUUCUCAGCGUUAUCAGGCCUGUGGGAAGUAUAUGCCCGCCACCAGCAAUGCCCAAAAUAAUCAAAGCAAUCAACCCAUGGAUGGCACCUAUUUAGUGGAGGCCUCAUUUUAAGUGUAUGUGCGUGUGCGUAUUUGUGUUUUUUAAAAAAAGCACUGAAAUUUAUACCCUUAAGAAAGAAAAUUUAAACCAAAAACUACUUUAUCUAGUUAUGUAGUCAUUAAACUAAAAAACAAACAGAAUCUAGUAAUUUAAAAUAGGAAAAACUAGGCAAACAGCUAAGCACAGUUUUGUCAACAGCAAAGUCAUAUAAAUUAUAAAAAAAUAGCCAAAAAAUCUGUAAAAAUGUGUGAGUAAAGCAAAAAAUAUGAUUAUAGUCGAAAAAUCUUAACUGUGCUAGAAAUAGCAUAGCAAAUAUUGAAAAAAUGUUGACUAUAUUACUAUUGUUUUUAUAAUUAAGAAACUGGCUUUCCAAAAAUAUGACUAUAGUCGAAGAAUAUUAGCUCAGCUAAAAAUAGCAAUAGCAUGUUUUUUAACAUUCACAAAAAUGUUGACUAUAUUAGCAUAGUUUUUAUGUGUACAAAAUUUCCAUUUCAAAACUAUGACUAUAGUCAAAAAAUAUUAACUGUGCUAUAAAUAGCAAUGGCAUAUUUUUUAAAACUUACAAAAAUGUUGACUAUAUUAGCAUAGUUUUUAUGCGUACAAAAUUUCUAUUUCAAAAAUAUGACUGUAGCCAAAAAACAUUAGCUGUGCUAGAAAUAGCCAAGCAAAUGUUAGAAAAAAAUUAAAAAAAUAUUGACUAUAUUGACAUAAUUUGUAUGCUUAAGUAACAGGCUUUCCAAAAAUAUGACUAUAGUCGAAUGAUAUUAACUCGGCUAAAAAUAGCCAUGGCAUAUUUUUUAAAAUUCACAAAAAUGUUGACUAUAUUAGCAUAAUUUUUAUG